GAGCCGGGCGCGCCCGCCACGCAAAACCACGGUGCUCAGUCCCCAGCGGCUGUGGCAGCACUGACAGCAGCCCGUGCGCUGGGUCCCCGCAGCGCCCACCCUCCCGCAUCCUGCAUUCGCAAAGCUCUCCGAGUCCCCGCUAGCGCUAGUGCCCACCAUGGGGAAACCCACGAGCUCUGGAUGCGACUGGCGCCGCUUCCUGCGGAAUCACUGGCUGCUGCUCUCCACCGUGGCCGCCGUGGUGCUAGGCAUUGUCAUAGGAGUCUUGGUUCGUGGACACAGUGAGCUCUCAAAUCUGGAUAAAUUCUACUUUGCUUUUCCUGGCGAAAUUCUAAUGAGGAUGCUGAAGCUUGUCAUUUUGCCACUGAUCAUAUCCAGCAUGAUCACAGGUGUCGCUGCCCUGGAUUCUAAUGUGUCUGGAAAGAUUGGUCUGCGUGCUGUCGUGUAUUACUUCUGCACCACCCUCAUUGCUGUGAUUCUCGGUAUCGUGCUGGUUGUGAGCAUCAAGCCUGGUGUCACUCAAAAAGUGAGUGAGAUCAACAGGACAGGUGAAAGCGCUGAGGUCAGCACAGUGGAUGCCAUGCUGGACCUGAUCAGGAACAUGUUCCCUGAGAACCUGGUUCAAGCCUGUUUUCAGCAGUACAAAACCACGCGUGAAGAAGUGAAGCCUGUCAGUGAUCCUGGGGGGAACGCGACAGAGGUGUCUGUCACCACCGCCAUGACAACAAUAUCUAAGAACCAGACAAAGGAAUACAAAAUCGUGGGCCAGUACUCAGAUGGCAUCAAUGUCCUUGGCUUGAUAAUCUUUUGCCUCGUCUUCGGACUCGUCAUUGGAAAGAUGGGAGAAAAGGGGCAGAUCCUCGUGGAUUUCUUCAACGCGUUGAAUGACGCGACCAUGAAAAUCGUCCAGAUCAUCAUGUGUUACAUGCCCAUUGGCAUUUUGUUCCUAAUUGCUGGGAAGAUCAUUGAAGUUGAAGACUGGGAAAUAUUCCGCAAGUUGGGCCUUUACAUGGCCACUGUCCUGAGUGGGCUUGCAAUCCACUGUGUUGUAGUACUGCCCCUGAUCUAUUUCAUAAUCGUGCGGAAGAACCCUUUCCGAUUUGCGCUGGGCAUGGCACAGGCUCUCCUGACAGCUCUCAUGAUAUCUUCCAGUUCAGCAACCCUACCGGUUACUUUCCGCUGUGCAGAGGAGAAGAACCAGGUGGACAAGAGGAUCACAAGAUUCGUGUUGCCUGUUGGUGCCACCAUCAACAUGGAUGGCACUGCGCUCUAUGAAGCCGUGGCGGCUGUGUUCAUUGCACAGCUGAAUGGCUUGGACUUGAGCGUUGGGCAAAUCAUCACCAUCAGUAUCACAGCUACCGCUGCCAGCAUUGGAGCUGCUGGCGUGCCCCAGGCUGGCAUGGUGACCAUGGUGAUCGUGCUGAGUGCGGUAGGCCUACCUGCUGAGGAUGUCACCCUCAUCAUCGCUGUGGACUGGCUCCUGGACCGGUUCAGGACUAUGGUGAAUGUUCUGGGUGAUGCAUUUGGAACUGGCAUCGUGGAGAAGCUCUCCAAGAAGGAGCUGGAGCAGAUGGAUGUUUCAUCUGAAGUCAACAUCGUAAACCCCUUCGCCUUGGAAUCCUCCAUCCUCGAUAACGAAGACUCAGACACCAAGAAGUCCUAUGUCAACGGUGGUUUUGCAGUGGACAAAUCCGAUACCAUCUCAUUCACCCAGACCUCACAGUUCUAGAGGCCAGCUUCAGAUGGCUGGGAUGAGGACAGACACCUCCACGGGAGCCACCUCUUAGCAAACUCCAACAUCAAGGAAUGAGAGAAACACUAAGAGUCAACUGUACAUUUAGUUUGAUAAACAGACCUCCAGAUUAUUUUCUAUAUUUGGCAUUUAGAGCCUUUGUUCUCUGGGUUUGGGGACUUGGGGGGGUAGAAUGAAAGGAAAUGAAGAAGAUUGUGUUAUCUGGAUUUUCUAAUUCUAUAAAACAAAGUUUGGAAGUAUAUGAAGUAGUUAACGGUUGGCACUAGGUAAUGGACCUGGAAGAGAAAUUGCUUUCUCGUACAUAGACCGGUGUUUGGGGUUUUUAAACAAUAUUAUUAUUGGCUACAAAUUUUUACUCGGGCUUUCUAUUGGUGUGACUUCCUCUGCCGUCUCACUUUUUAUAGAUUACGAUGCAUCUCAACAGACCCACCGAAUUAAAGUGCCAAAUUUUCCAUUUUGACCUCAUCUUCAGCCACUUUCAACCUACUCAAAAAAAAAAAAAAAAGGAUCAGCAUAGUUCUGCAAUAAUAGUUUUAAGAUAGUUGUGGGAUUUAGGGGAAGGGAGAGGGUUUUUUAUUCCAUGUACUGUAUUGGGAUGCUGGUAGCUGACUAGCCAGUGUUCAGUAUAGAACUAUAUGUAUAUGUGUGUAUAUUUAUUAUUUUCAUAUAAUUUGCAAGACAGAGAUCAGUAAUGAACUAUCAAUGUGAAAUAAGAUGUUCUCCUUGUACUUGAAUCAAAACUGCAAUUCCAAGCCAGGCAGCGUGGUACACACCUUUCAUCCCAGCACGAGCGGAUCUCUGUGAGUUCAAGGCCAGCCUGGCCCACAAAGAGAGUUCUAGGACAACCAGGACUGUUACGCAGAGAAACUCUGUCUCAAAAAAAAACAACCAACCAACCAACCAAACAAACAAACCCUGCAAUUCCAGCUGAGGUGUACUUGGGAGUUCACCAGAACGUUGUCGGGAGCUCUGGGAUGAGAACUCAAGCUGCUGGGUUACUAGGUUUCAGCCCUAAAACAGAAAUGUAUCAUGGUGAAGCUCUAUGGUGGCACAGCCCAUCAUUUACAACUUCCCGGUUCAAGCUCCCUCAGGGGGGAGGCAGCCCCUGUAGGCACUGAAUAAAUCCAUUGACGAAGGCAGCUCUCCCAAAGGCUGGAUGUGCCCAGAUCCAAACAGAAGGCUUCAAGGCUUCCUUCUUCAAGUACACUCAGGCCCACUUCACAAGGCUGCCACCUCACUGCCCUUGGUUCUCUCUGCCGACCAGGGCAGAAACAAUGGCCAGCCAUCACCCAAGUUGUGUUUCAAAAUGGGCUGCCUAAGUGGAAUAAGUCACGUUGUGUAUAUAUAUUACUGUUUGGUUUUUUUGAGACAGGGUCUCUACAUAGGACUGGCUGUCAUGGAACUCGCGAUGUAGACUAGGUUGGCCCAACUCAUGGAGAUCCUCCUGCCUCUGCCUCCCUAGUAGGGGGCUGAAAGGUGUGUGCCAUCAUGCCCAGCUCUAUAUGUAUUCUUACAGAAUAAACCCAGGCCAUGAGCUACUGGUACCAGUGGUUCAGGGAAAACACUUCCAUUUCCUUCUGCCUCCUCCUUCGGAAAGGAUCGUUCAGAGAAUCUUGGCCUUGCUGCUUCGAAUCCUCUGCUUGUCUUUCUCCUGCUCAUUUCUGAAGAUAGCUUAUUAAAAGUCUACACUUCUGCCCCCAUCUUGUAAAUAAAGCUCAACAAAAACUUGUAGUUCACAUGGAGAUAGAUUCUUAUCAACAGUGUUUCAGUAGUAUCAUUAGCCACCUUAAACCUGUGCUUUUAUAUUUACGAAGUCAGAAAUUGUGCCAAAGAUAGCAAGGGGGGGGGUCAAUGAAUGCUCAGUGUUGGCCACUUGCACCUGAAAGCUACCAGAAAAUGACACUAAAUUACCUGCUAAACAACAUCACAGUGGCCAGUGGCUCUGAAAUUGGAAGUACAAAUGUCGGUAUUCUUUAUAGGACGUAAAUCUAAAUGAAGUUGAAUGAAUACUUUAUUUAGGAGUUAAUGGCUCUUAUCCGGUGGCCCUCAUUAGUGACACUAGAGUUGGCAGAGCUGUUCCCAAAUUCACUGGGGUCACCCUUGUAACAAGCCACUUAACACGCUGUGCUCAUGAAAGAGGACAUGUUCCGUUUCCUUCUCAAUAAACAUUUCUCACACUUUGUCCCCUUA